UCCCUUCCAUUUCUCUCUGCAACUCUAAAGCUCCAUCGAAACGCCAUGGACCGAGAGCAAGAAGAGAUGCAAUUCCUAGGGUUCUUCGGCAUCUACACAGAAUCUUUCAAACUCAUCAUUUCAUGCAGAAAAAUCUUCAGCAAAAUCAGUUUAUCCUUAAUCACCCCCCUCUCUUUCAUCGUCCUCCUUCACAUGGAAGUUUCCAGUCUCCUCUUCUGCAAAAUCAUGCACACCGAGGUCGAACUCCAGCAGACCCCAUCACCCGCAAAAUCCCGGAAACUCAGCGAUCUAAUCUCCUCCGAACUGGCCUUCUUUUGGCUCUUCAAAGCCGCCUAUCUCACUCUCUAUCUAAUCUUUUCCCUUCUUUCCACUGCCGCGGUGGUUUACACCAUCGCCUGCAUAUACACGGCUCGUGAACUGACGUUCGGCAAAGUCAUGAGCGUCGUUCCCAGGGUCUGGAAAAGGCUGAUGGUCACCUUCUUGUGCACUAUCGCCACCAUGUUCGUCUACCACGUGGCGACGAUCUUCAUCUUGGUCAGUUGCGGGCUCUUGUUAAUGCAGACCGACUAUGUGGACGCCGUGUUGGCUUUGGUGCUGCUCUUUUACUUCGUCGGGUUUCUUUACAUGACCAUAAUCUGGCAGUUGGCCAGCGUCGUGUCGGUUCUGGAAGAGGCUUACGGGUUCCAAGCCAUGAUGAAGAGCAAGAGCCUGAUCAAGGGAAAGCUUUGGGUGGCCACUGCUAUCUUCGUGAAGCUCAUUGUCAGCUUCUUUAUCAUCCAGACCGCGUUUCAGACGCUGGUCGUUGAUGGGAGUAUCCAGGGAAUGGGCAAGAGGGUUGUUUAUGCCAUUCUUUGUUUCUUGUUGCUUUCUAAGAUGAUUCUGUUUGGAUUGGUUGUACAGACAGUGAUUUACUUUGUGUGCAAAUCUUACCACCAUGAAAACAUCGACAAAUCUUCCUUGUCGGAUCACUUGGAUGUUUACUUGGGAGAGUAUGUUCCAUUGAAGCCUAAAGAUGUUCAGCUUGAACAAUAUCAGGUUUGAGGGAUGAUGCAUGUAACACUUUAUCUUUGCUAUAAAUUAAAG